AACUAACGUUAUUCAUAAGAGCUCUGAACAUUUCCAUACUUGGUCAUAGGCAGACUGGUCUCCAGAUCUCUGGCUAUGAAUAUCUGUAAGGUGGCAUUCUAGGGCUGUUCCGGUAGGACCAGUUUCGUCCCUAGACACUCGCUGUUCUCUAUCUUCUUGCUUCUUGUCCUUGCCACAGUCUUCACUAGAUAUUCUCUUUAGCCAUUUGCUGCACUACUGACAGCAAGCCAUGGCUGCCAAACCCUCCACCACUGCUGCCGAAAAAGCUCUCCAGAAGAUCCAGGACCAGGUCACCUGUGGGGAUAUGUCUGGAGCCCUACAAACAGCCGAGGCUGCUCAAGUGUUUCCACGUGUAUUGCGAGCAGUGCCUGCAACGUAUGGUACGUAAGGGACGAAAGGGACAGAGUCUCCCAUGUCCACAAUGUCGCCAGGACACUCCACUGCCAGAGGGCGGAGUCCCGGGGCUCCAAGGAGCUUUCUACAUCCACAAUCUCUUUGAUGUUCACGAUGCCCUCAAGAAAGUGAGCUCCAGUGAACAAACAAUGUGCAACAAGUGCAAGAAACGUGAGGCAACUGGCUUUUGUCGCACUUGUGGGUUUGUGUGUGAGUUCUGUAAGGAGACACACCUGUACUGGGACAACCUUGAAGCCCACGAGAUUAUCGACCUGGACACCUUGACUGGAGACGUGACCACCCUCGUUCCUCCUCUCAAGAAGACCCUGUUUUGUGCCUAUCAUCCGUCGAAAAAGGCAAAGCUCUACUGCGAGACAUGCGAGGAGUUGAUAUGUCGAGACUGCAUCGUGCGCACUCAUCGCGACCACCAGUACGAUCUUGUGCCCGAGUCGUUUGCCAAGCAAGAGAAAGUGAUCGUGGACUCUCUCAAGCCAGUGGAAGAACAGAUUGCUACGUUAAAAAGAGCCGUUGAGUCGGUGCACACUCGAUGUGCUGCAGUCGUAGAACAGAAGACGGCUGUGGUGGCAGAGAUCCGCACUGCAAUGGCACACCUGCGACAAACUCUAGAGGCUAGGGAGACAGAGCUGGUGGGUCAAGCAGAGCAGACAGCACAACAGAAACUGAAGACCUUGGGAGCGCAGGGAGACGGGUUUGAACUGCAACUGGGCCAUCUGAGGAGCUGCCAGGACUUUGUGGAGGAGAGCCGACGUACUUGUAGCCAGGGAGAGAUUCUGAGGAUGAAGAGCCCUCUCGUGAAACAAGUCAACGACCUAACCGGUUGCUUCAAGCAAGAGAUGGUUGCCCUCGCUGAGCAAGCUGACAUGACGUUUGGCCACAGUCUGCGUGAAGCAGUGAAGACUUGCCAGCAGUUUGGUAAGGUAUACUGUCAUCCAGUGUGCCCUGAGAAGUGCCGAGCCUCAGGCGAAGGCAUCAAGGUAGCCACGAGAGGGCAAACAAUGGCUGUCUCUGUAGAGGCUUUCGAUAGGGAGGGAAAAGCCUACCUCAGACCUGUAGACAGCUUGAGGUGUGAGCUAGUUGCUAGUGAUGGCAGUAGUCGAGUCAGGGGCACUGUGAAGAGAAGAAAUCAGAACAUCUACGACAUCAGCUACCAGCCUCAGGUCACUGGAGAACAUCAACUGCACAUUCUAAUAGAAGAGCACCCGAUCUCGAAACAGUCCUUUUGCUGUCACUGUUUUACCCAACUUUAGUGCCCAAACGGACAUCAUUGGAGACCUCAAGGGAGCCAUACGGUAUAGCUGUCAGGGAGGGAGGGGAGGUGGUGGUAGCAGAAUAUGGUGGUGACCGUGUAUCAAUUAUCAGUGGAAAUGGAGAGAAGAAAUCAUUUGGUACUAGUGGCUCGGGUCCUGGUCAGUUCAGCAGCCCUUCAGGUAUAGCAAUAGAUGGUGGAGGAAAUAUACUUGUCGCAGACAUUACAACCAUUGUAUUCAGUUGUUUUCAUCCACUGGCAAAUACCUGAGAAAGGUUGGUACACAAGGCAGUGGACAUCUACAGUUCCAACAUCCAGGUUCAGGUUCUAAACCCUGACCUCACAUACUCCAGUAGUUUUGGCACAAACGGCUCAAACAAUGGAGAGUUCAACCAUCCCAGGCAUAUAUCCACUGACAGAGAUGGCAAUGUGUAUGUUGCUGACAGUGGCAAUCACAGGAUCCAGGUAUUCACAGGCGAUGGAGUGUAUCUGAGGCAGUUUGGGAAGAAAGGAGUAUGGAAAGGAGAAAUAAUUUCCCGGCUGGUAUCGCUGUUGGAUCCAACAAUCUGGUGUAUGUCAGUGAAUGGGAAACCAUCGUAUCUCGA